UACCAGAUACUGAAGUACCAGAUACUGAAGUACCAGGUACUGAAGUACCAGGUACUGAAGUACCAAGUACUGAAGUACCAGAUACUGAAGUACCAGGUACUGAAGUACCAGGUACUGAAGUACCAGAUAUUGAAGUACCAGAUACUGAAGUACCAGGUACUGAAGUACCAGAUACUGAAGUACCAAGUACUGAAGUACCAGAUAUUGAAGUACCAAGUACUGAAGUACCAGGUACUGAAGUACCAGAUACUGAAGUACCAGGUACUGAAGUACCAGAUACUGAAGUACCAGGUACUGAAGUACCAGAUACUGAAGUACCAGGUACUGAAGUACCAGAUACUGAAGUACCAGGUACUGAAGUACCAGGUACUGAAGUACCAGGUACUGAAGUACCAGAUACUGAAGUACCAGGUACUGAAGUACCAGGUACUGAAGUACCAAGUACUGAAGUACCAGGUACUGAAGUACCAGAUACUGAAGUACCAGGUACUGAAGUACCAGGUACUGAAGUACCAGAUAUUGAAGUACCAGAUACUGAAGUACCAGGUACUGAAGUACCAGGUACUGAAGUACCAAGUACUGAAGUACCAGGUACUGAAGUACCAGAUACUGAAGUACCAGGUACUGAAGUACCAGGCACUGAAGUACCAGGUACUGAAGUACCAGAUACUGAAGUACCAGGUACUGAAGUACCAGAUACUGAAGUACCAGGUACUGAAGUACCAGAUACUGAAGUACCAGGUACUGAAGUACCAGAUACUGAAGUACCAGGUACUGAAGUACCAGGUACUGAUGUACCAGAUACUGAAGUACCAGGUACUGAAGUACCAGAUACUGAAGUACCAGGUACUGAAGUACCAGGUACUGAAGUACCAGAUACUGAAGUACCAGGUACUGAAGUACCAGAUACUGAAGUACCAGGUACUGAAGUACCAGAUACUGAAGUACCAGGUACUGAAGUACCAGAUACUGAAGUACCAGGUACUGAAGUACCAGGUACUGAAGUACCAAGUACUGAAGUACCAAGUACUGAAGUACCAGGUACUGAAGUACCAGGUACUGAAGUACCAGGUACUGAAGUACCAGAUACUGAAGUACCAGAUACUGAAGUACCAGAUACUGAAGCACCAGAUACUGAAGUACCAGAUACUGAAGUACCAGGUACUGAAGUACCAGGUACUGAAGUACCAGGUACUGAAGUACCAGGUACUGAAGUACCAGGUACUGAAGUACCAGAUACUGAAGUACCAGAUACUGAAGUACCAGGUACUGAAGUACCAAGUACUGAAGUACCAGAUACUGAAGUACCAGAUACUGAAGUACCAGAUACUGAAGUACCAGGUACUGAAGUACCAAAUACUGAAGUACCAGGUACUGAAGUACCAGGUACUGAAGUACCAGAUACUGAAGUACCAGAUACUGAAGUACCAAGUACUGAAGUACCAGGUACUGAAGUACCAGAUACUGAAGUACCAGGUACUGAAGUACCAGGUACUGAAGUACCAAGUACUGAAGUACCAGGUACUGAAGUACCAAGUACUGAAGUACCAAGUACUGCAGUACCAGGUACUGAAGUACCAAGUACUGAAGUACCAGGUACUGAAGUACCAGAUACUGAAGUACCAGAUACUGAAGUACCAGGUACUGAAGUACCAGGUACUGAAGUACCAGAUACUGAAGUACCAGGUACUGAAGUACCAGGUACUGAAGUACCAAGUACUGAAGUACCAGGUACUGAAGUACCAGAUACUGAAGUACCAGGUACUGAAGUACCAAGUACUGAAGUACCAGAUACUGAAGUACCAGGUACUGAAGUACCAGGUACUGAAGUACCAAGUACUGAAGUACCAGGUACUGAAGUACCAGAUACUGAAGUACCAGUACUGAAGUACCAGGUACUGAAGUACCAAGUACUGAAGUACCAGGUACUGAAGUACCAGGUACUGAAGUACCUGGUACUGAAGUACCAAGUACUGAUACCAGGUACUGAAGUACCAGGUACUGAAGUACCAAGUACUGAAGUACCAGGUACUGAAGUACCAGGUACUGAAGUACCAAGUACUGAAGUACCAGGUACUGAAGUACCAGGUACUGAAGUACCAAGUACUGAAGUACCAGGUACUGAAGUACCAGGUACUGAAGUACCAGAUACUGAAGUACCAGGUACUGAAGUACCAGGUACUGAAGUACCAAGUACUGAAGUACCAGAUACUGAAAAACGGGAGAGAAGG